AUGAAAACUGAUUGGCAGGCAGAAACGUGGACCGCUAGACUGGCCAAGCUGUACACGCUCGGUCUGAGCCACAGACUGAACACCGCAGUCCUCUACACUGCGAGGUUCUCGGUGUUUCCCGAUCCACUCAGCAGUUUGGAACUCAACAGCGCCCAGGCCUUCAUCUUGACUCUCUUCCGCAGCUUCCUGAUCGGCGAUGCUCCUGCUGUCUUCAGCCUCUUGCCGCUCAUCCCUCAGCUGCCUCAGCUGCAGUCGUCCUCUAUCGCAGUAUGGUUUCGAGAGGACUUCUUGUUCAGGAGACAAGACGUGACCAGAGCUCUGUCCUGGCUGGCCCAUUUCGUCAAGAAGGAGGGUCCUGUGGUCCCGUUGAACAUCCUCUUAGUCUUCAGCAGCCUCGAAGAAAAGUACCAAGUCUUCAGCAAAUUCAAGGAGACCGGUGACACGGUUGGUCAAGAAAUGCUGAUUUAUCUCAAUCCUUUGAUUAGCAAAGCGACUCAAGCUUUAAUCCAUGACGUGAAGGUAAAAUUAUAUAAGAUAUUGAGGAAUAUUUAA